GGAACUGCUAAGGAUACAGAUGGGCCUCUUGGUGGUGACAGUUUUCAAACGCUUUCACUUCUGUCAUUGUGACCUCUCCCUUUGCUCUGUAGGCAGCGCCUCUCAUUGAAUAAGUUCUGUGGCAUCUACUCCUACACUCUAUUUGCUGCUAGUAACAACUAGACAACUUUCCUGAAAUGUUCUGUGUACAAACUGAAGAGGAAUUUUGAAGUAGAGGUACCUGGGCGACUCACACCCCUUUCAGACUACAAAAUAUAGGGAGAAUGAGGAGAUAUGUAAUGGGAGGAUAAUAGACUAUACUAAUUACUCUGCUCUUCUUCCCCCACUGGAUCACUCUGGGGUUUUCUUCUUUCGGGUUGUAAGAUUGGAUCAUCUAUUAUGAAGGGAUUUAGUUUUUGUUACCUUCGAAAAUUAGUCCGGCCUUUUGCUCAAGACAUUCAUAGAAAUCCUGGGUUGUUAAUGGUAAACACACGGAGAAAUGUGGCAAAACUCUGUCCAUCUAGAUCAUAUGUAUACAACACAGUUUGCAGGAGAAAACUUUGUAUAUCGUCGGUGGCCCAGAAAGAAACUGAAUCACUUACAGACAAAGAACAAAGACUGUUAAAUAACAUUUAUAGUGGUUUGAUAGGGGGACAACGAGCUUGCCUGGCAGAAGCAAUCACACUGACAGAGACAUCCCAUAUCAGAAAGAGAGAGCUAGCUCAAAUACUGCUUCAGAAGGUCCUAACACACCACCAGGAACAAGAACUAUCAAAUGGAAAACCUCUAGCAUUCAGAGUUGGACUUUCAGGUCCUCCUGGUGCUGGGAAGUCAACUUUCAUUGAAUGCUUUGGUAAAAUGCUUACAGAGAAAGGGCAUAAAGUGGCAAUUUUAGCAGUUGACCCAUCCUCUAGUACAAGUGGGGGCUCUCUUCUUGGUGAUAAGACCCGAAUGACAGAAUUAUCCCGGGAUAUGAAUGCUUAUAUCAGACCCUCUCCCACCAGAGGUACAUUAGGAGGUGUCACCCGCACCACCAAUGAAGCUAUUCUGCUUUGUGAGGGUGGUGGCUAUGAUAUUGUUCUUGUAGAGACUGUAGGUGUGGGACAGUCUGAGUUUGCCGUAGCUGAUAUGGUCGAUAUGUUUGUUUUGCUGUUGCCACCAGCAGGGGGCGAUGAACUGCAGGGUAUUAAAAGAGGUAUAGUUGAGAUGGCAGAUCUAGUUGCUAUAACCAAGGCAGAUGGGGAUUUACUUAUACCUGCACGCAAAAUCCAAACUGAAUAUGUCAGUGCCAUGAAGUUACUUCGCAAACGGUCCAAGACUUGGAAACCUCAGGUUAUGCGUAUCUCUGCUAAAAGUGGUGAAGGUAUCUCAGAACUUUGGAAGAAGAUGCUGGAGUUUCAGAACUCUAUGCUAAUAUCUGGUGAGCUGAGUGUCAAGAGGAGGAGUCAGCAGAGAGUGUGGAUGUGGAACAUGAUUCAGGAAAAUGUGCUUCUGCAUUUCAAGAACCACCCUGCAGUUAAAAAUCAGAUCCCCCUUCUUGAAGAAAGAGUUUGCAAUGGUGUUUUGUCUCCUGGCCAUGCAGCGGACCUGUUAUUAAAGGCAUUUUCUCAAAACGGCUAAAAUAUUUAGUUCUAGUUUUAUGUGAAUUAAAGGUUUUAUUUGUAUAUAAUAUACCAAACAAUGAAAA